AUGGUGAUUGACGAUGAGGACGCCGUCUUCGAGCCGAACGAGACGGCAAACGACGUGGAAGCUACAACGACAAAACCGACAUGGCGGCUAGUGGGACGAUUCUUGACAACCAAAAUUAUAAAGCUGGAGUUUAUGAGUCAAGUGAUAGCCUCGGUAUGGCAGCCAGUGAUGGGGGUACAGGUAGCGGAGAUACAACCGGGUCUUUUCUUAUUUGUGUUCUAUCACGAGAUGGACAUGCAGCUAGUUCUUGAUGGUGGUUCGUGGUCAUUCGAGAACCAUACUCUCGUUUGUAAGCAAGUUGAGGAUGGUGCCAUACCGGUGUCGAUCCCGCUGGACACUAGUGAUAUGUGGGUACAGCUUCAUGAUCUCCCGCUUGGGUUCUCGGAUGCGCUAUGGAAGACGUUUUACUGUAUCAGGGUUUCAAUACCUGUACUGAAACCGCUAAAGCGAGGCAUGAAACUUCUUAAACGGGACAAAAUGACUUGCUGUGUAAAGUUCAAGUAUGAGAGACUGCAUAAUUUCUGCUUCUUCUGUGGAAUGUUGGGACACCCGCAUAGGUACUAUUUGAAAGCACGGAAACCGGUCCAAAGUUUGACUGUCGUAGCUGUCGCGACGUCGGAGGGCCCUUCUACCGGCGGUGUAACAACGGCGGUAACAGGUGGGAAGGGGAGUGAUACUGUGGUGGCGGCUUCGAAGUGGAGAAGGGAGGUCUCGAUUGGCGGUGGUGGAGGGAAUGGCGGUAAUGAUGGUGAUACUCAAAUGGCCGAAGUGUCAAAAAACUUGUCAUUGGCGGGUUCUGGUUCCCGGACCCGCCCAUCAUCAUGA